AGAAAAGUCAACCAUGUACUUUCACCGAGUUAUGUAGAAUUAAGUAUGACGAGGAAUGCGUUCGUUUCUCCAUAUGGAAUACAGAUAUGUCGCAAAUGAGAUCUGAGUGUCAAAAAGUUAAUUUCAAAAACGUCACAAUCGAGAUGUUUCCCAUGGAAACACCAACGUGGAGAAGCAUUGCUAAUCAUUCAUUCGCCUACAUUGUAACCAAUGAAGUAGAACGAUUAGCCUUGCAUAGAUAUGACUUACCGAAUGGAGGAACAUUCGAUCUUGAAAAGGGACUCACUGAAUUGACGAACGAUGCUCUAAAGAACAUUGAAUUCGACGCCUUAAUUGAACUUGCUACGAACGUUUGUGAGUUUUUUAAGAUUGAUUGGAGUAAAAUAGAGAGUGAUGAAAUGGAUGGACACUUUCAAUUGUUGAACUCAGAUGAACACCUUUGGAAACGAU